CAAAGACUGGAAACGAGUCUUUGUAAAAUGGCGACGAAAGUAGUCGAAGAAGUUGACUUUGUUUGAUAGAAUUGUCUAAAUUUCACAUAUAUGCUCGCAAGAUGUUUGGGGACAAAGCUUUGGAACUUAUCAGGGAGCUUAAGCGAACAAUGGACGCUUCGUUACCCCCUUAUAACGAGGACAUUGUUAGACAAGUUCUCGAAGAAAUGAAGGCAUUAUUUGAGCAGAAUCAACGUGAAGUUAAUGCUACUGUAGCAGGCGAGUCAGGGCUAUUUUCUGGCGUUCAAGUUAGACAUGCAAGUCUAGAGAGGGACAAAAGAUGUCUUCUGGCAUACUUGUACAACCGAAUGAACAGGAUUAAAAACCUCAGAUGGGAGUUUGGCUCUGUACUGCCUGAUGACAUCAAGUACAAUUUAUCUGAACAAGAGGUUCAAUGGUUCACCAAGUACAACAAGUCUCUAGCUAACUACAUGAGGACUACUGGGUUGGAUCUUACUCAGGACAUGAAACCUCCCAAAUCCCUGAACAUCGAGGUGCGCUGUGUAGAAGACUAUGGAGAGUUUGAGACUGAAGAUGGAACUGUGGUUCUUCUCAAGAAAAAUAGCCAGCAUUUCUUGCCUAGAUCACAGUGUGAACACCUUAUCAGACAGGGAAUUCUACAACACAUUAUAUAAUGACGGAAUCCUACAACACAUUAUAUAAUGACGGAAUUCUACAGUACAGCAUACGAUAUGAUGACAGUGAAUUCUAUAACACAUUAUAUAAUGACAGAAUCCUACAACACAUUAUAUAUUGACAGAAUACUAUGGGUCCUUCAACAUAUCAUGACAUAAUUCUACAAGCCAUUGUGUGAUGACAGAAUCCUACAACACAUUCUAUGAUGAUGGAAUCCUACAACACAUUCUAUGAUGAUGGAAUCCUACAGCACAUUAUAUGAUGAUCAAAUUCUACAAUGAAUGAAUUCUACAACACAUUUUAUAAUGACAGAAUUCUACAUAUUAUAUGAUGAUGGAAUCCUACAACACAUUAUAUGAUGACAGAGUCCUACAGCACAAAAAUGCAUGGCAUUUUUGCAAAUAUGGGAUGGUAUGGAUGGGAAAGGAUGUGGAAUACAAUCUCAAAUAUAAGCAGAAUGUCCAUCUUACCAUUUAUUAUUUGCAAAUAACAUAAAAAAGCAAGUGUUUAUCAGCAGAUUGUGCUUAUGUGUUGGUAAUUGUUUAUAAAACAACCAUAUAUAUAUAUAUAUAUUCAUUUUUAGAGCAUUUGCCAUCUUAAAGAUGCACAAAAGAUGUCAUACCAUGGCAAUAGUCACUGCACAUAUUAUUACAUGCACAGAUUAACUCCAAUUCAGUCUCUCUGCUGAGGUUCCACAAAACACUGUUCUACAUUUGUUUAUUUUUGUAUUCUAUAUCCGUAUUCUGUACAUAACUCCUAAUCUAUUUAGAGACAAAAUAGCUAUGUAUAUAUUUUAUAAAUUUCUAUCAAUUUAAAAUUGCUGUGCUUGUCAUCUUGGUGAAGUAUGUAAUAAUCCCAAAGUUCUCCAAUUGACCUCAGCAAAGAAUGGAUGGGACUUGAUAUCUUCCACACCAUUAACACCAGAACCUGGACACAUACAAAUAUUACUGUGACUACUUGCCAGACUAAGAGGGAACAGUAGGACUUGAAUAAACAGGAAUUUAAUAUAAGGGUAUACUCCCAUAUACGGGAUGAUUUUCAAGUGCCUACUUAUAUACUGUAUGAGUCAUAGCCUGAAGAGUAACACGAAUUCCUUCUUUUUUAUAUUAAAAGAAUCUGAGAGCUGACCCUUGAGUCUGGCCCAGGGGAAACUCCACACACCGACAUUACACCUGAAGAAACUUACCUAGUCUUUCUGAAGGUGUGACUCUCAGAAGCUGCAAUGUAUUAUGCAAAUAAAAUGUUAUGAUGUAAUCACA